CUCACUACCGCAACCAUGGGAAAGAUCAUCUUUUACGAGGACAGGAACUUUCAGGGCCGCUCUUAUGAGUGCAUGAGCGACUGUGCUGACAUGUCCUCCUACAUGAGCCGCUGCCACUCCUGUAGGGUGGAGAGCGGCUGCUUCAUGGUUUACGACCAGCCAAACUACAUGGGUAAUCAGUACUUCAUGAGGAGGGGCGAGUAUGCUGAUUAUAUGAGUAUGUUUGGAUGGAAUAACUGCAUCAGGUCCUCACGCAUGAUCCCCAUGUACCGAGGAUCCUACAGAAUGAGGAUCUACGAGAGAGAGAACUUCGGAGGUCACAUGCAUGAGUGCAUGGAUGACUGUGAGUCAUUCAUGGACCGCUACCACAUGUCCCACUGCAUGUCCUGCCACGUUAUGGAUGGCCACUGGCUCAUGUAUGAGCACCCCCACUACAGAGGCAGGAUGAUGUACUUUGGACCUGGAGAGUACAGGAGCUUCAGUAACAUGGGAUAUGGCAACAUGAGAUUCAUGAGCAUGAGGCGUAUCAUGGAUUCCUUUUACUAA